AGAUGGCGUUUUUCGUCUAAAUAACGAUCUCUGCGUACCUUGAAGUUUUAGCAAAUUUUAUAUUUUUCUCUUUUCAAGAUGGGCAAAAAGCAGCAUCAAAAGGAUAAGCUUUAUUUGACGGCUACUGAAUGGGCAAAUGAGUGGGGAGGAAAGAAAAAGCAGGCCAUUUCUACCGAAUUUAAAAGACUCCCAUACUACUGCUGCAGUUUAUCUAUGCAACCAUUUGAGAACCCAUAUUGUACAACUGAUGGGGUAGUUUAUGACCUGCUCAAUAUCAUGCCGUUCCUAAAACAAUAUGGGAUGAAUCCUGUUUCUGGAGUUAAAAUGACUGCGAAAGACCUUGUUAAAUUAAAUUUUCAUAAGAAUAAAGAUGAUAAAUUUCACUGUCCCGUGACAUUCAAAAUUUUUAAUGAAAACUCCCAUAUUGUUGCCGUAAAACCCACCGGAAAUGUUUAUCUAAUGGAAGCUAUUGAUAAACUCAAUAUAAAGCCUUCAAAUUGGAGGGAUUUGCUUUCAGACGAACCUUUCACAAGAAAAGACGUUAUUACCAUACAAGAUCCCUCUGAUCUAACAAAAUUUAACUAUUCUAUGUAUUUUCAUGUGAAAAAAGGAAUAAAAGCAGAGGAAAAGAACGAUUAUAAGUCUAAUCCUUUAUACAAUCUUAAGUCAAUCAAUCCGGAAACAAGGGACUCCCUUAAAGAGCUGGGAGACGCUUAUCAAGCUCCCGACUCUACAAAAAUGUCAGAAGGAGAUAAAUUUGGUGAUAGAAGUAAAAAGGCAGAUAAAGUUAAUGCUGCUUUAUACUCAACCGGAAGAGUCGCGGCUUCUCUAACUUCCACCGUAAUGGGAGUAGAAACGCAACAAGAGUUUGCAGUAGUCGAUGAAGAUAUAAUUCGGUAUCAGAGAAUUAAGAAGAAAGCUUACCUACGAAUAACUACAAAUUUAGGAAACUUAAAUAUAGAACUUCAUUCAGAUCUUGUUCCUAAAACCUGUGAAAAUUUUUUAAAGCAUUGUAAAUCAGGCUAUUAUGACAACACUAUUUUUCACCGAUCAAUUAGAAACUUUAUGAUUCAAGGCGGUGAUCCAACUGGAAAAGGAACUGGUGGUGAUUCGAUAUGGAACAAGCCGUUUCCCGAUGAGUUUCAUCCCAAACUAAAACAUUCUGGCAGAGGAAUUCUUAGCAUGGCCAACUCAGGAGAAAAUUCAAACAAAUCUCAAUUCUUUAUAACGUUCAGGUCAGCCACUGGCUUAAACGGGAAACAUACUGUUUUUGGAAGGGUUGUUGGAGGGCUUGAUGUUAUUGAUAAGAUGGAAAAGAUUGAAACUGAUAAAAGAGACAAACCAAAAGAAGAGAUAAAAUUUUUGAAAGCGGAAAUAUUUGUUGAUCCUUACGAAGAUGCUGACGAUGAAAUAAGAAAUGAACGAGAAAGUCUAAAGCCUAAGGAAGAAGAAAAGAAAACUGAAAAAAAAUCAGAACCUAAAAGGAAAGUUUACAAAUCUGGCGUUGGAAAAUACAUAAACCCAGCAGUUUUGAAACAUAAAGUGGUAGGAGAAGAAGCAGAAUCAAGUUCUGCAGCAAAAAAAUCCAAAGUUGUUGGAAAAUCUAGUUUUAAUAAUUUUAAUAGUUGUAUGAUAUGGAGUGAUAUGACAAGUUCAUCACCCGCCUUACUUAAAGCAAACGCCGUUGAUCAGGGAGAAGCUAAAUGGCCAACGAAAAAAAUAGUUGUUGUUGGAGAUAAAGGAUCGGGCAAAACAUCUUUAAUCACUCAAUUCUCAAUGGGGCUAUUCUGUCAGAACAUAGAAUGCGUCAAUUCUUCUGAAAGUGAAACCUCAUCCUACGGUAUAAUUGCCAGAGUUGGAGGUCAUUUAGUGAGUGCAACUUUAUGGGAUACUGAUAGUGGAGAUCAAGCUGAAUUUUUGAGGGCACAGUGUUAUAAAGAUGCCGAUUGCGUCAUACUUGUUUUUAGCGUUGUUUGUCUAAAGGUAACGGCUUGUGAUCACAGAUUUAUUGUAAAAUAGUUUUCAACUUUUCUAAAGGCUUUGAAAAGAAUAGAAGAAGAAUGGAUGAAAGAGAUCCAAGAGUACUGUAAAAGAGAUAUACCUAUAAUACUUGUUGGAAAUAAAAUAGAUUUAAGAGACUUAGCAAUAUCAAUUAACAGAAAAGGAGUUAAAGGCCCCAGAUCGAUUUUCCCCAAUGAUAUUCAACGUUUAAAUAAAAGAUUUAAACAGUUGACUUAUUUGGAAUGUUCUGCUCAAUAUUUUAAUAGAGUGAAUGAAAUAUUUGAAACUGCACUAUAUCAUUCAUUAUUUAAGCAGAAAACCACAUUUGUUUGUAA